AUGAGCUCAAAGUUUCUUACCGACAUAGCUGAAGAUUAUAAACAACUUUAUGAAACUAGGGAAGAUUAUGAUGUGAUUAUUUAUGCGGGAGAAGAGCCUAAUGCUGAAGAAGUCCAUGCUCAUUCUUUAGUUCUUCGUACUAGAUCCACUUAUUUUCGUGGAGCUCUUGCUUCUGAUUGGGCAACGAAAGAUAAAGACAGUGGUUGUUUUAUCUUUAAGAAACCUAAUGUCUCUUUAUCAAGUUUUGAACUUAUCCUUAAAUUUUUAUAUUGUGGAGAAGUAGAUGUUCAAAAUUUAGAAGGAGAAACUAUUUUAGAGCUUUUGGUUGCCUCGGAUGAAUUUGGUCUGACAUCACUUAUUGACUAUAUACUAUAUUUUAUUGAAAAUCAGAAAAGUUUUUUAGAAGAAAAUCCUGUAGGCAUGCUUCAUAUGGUUGCUCGUUACGAAACUUUUAACAAGAUAGGAAAUGAACUUAAGGAUAAUGUGACUGAAUUCGAUCAGGAUGAUUUUAAAUUAUUAGAAAAAACCUUACAAAGAUGUAUUCAAUAUAUUAGAUUUCACGAAAUUAGCAUGCCAGAUUUUUAUCAUAAAAAAGGUGCAACAAUUGUCGUGGCAAGAAAUCAAAAUUCAAAACAACUUAUCGGUGGUUACACUCCAAUUGAUUGGGAUAUGAAUAGCAAGAAUAAACAUUCAACUAAUAGUUUUAUAUAUUCAUUAAGUGAUCCAAAUAAUAUAUUAGAUACUAGAUUAGGACGCAUUUCACCCUCUUAUUAUUCUUAUGCAAUGUGUUGUAAUAGUAAUAAUGGACCAGAUUUUGGUGGAAGUUUACGUCUUAAUGGAAAUUACGUAUAUACCAAUAAUAAUGGAUAUUAUCCAAAUGUUGGCAUUAUAAAUGGUUCACAAGUUGAGGAUUAUGAAGUGUUUCAA